GCUGGUGAUAUAUAAGUGGUUUCUUGCAGAAUGUUCCAAAUUCACAACGUGAAACACCUCUACCCAAUCACCCAUGACCACUUCUGAAUCCUCACCAUUACUCGAAAAUGGCGGUCACUCGGGCCAUAGGAAUCUUUCUCUUACUCAUCGCGUUAUCCACUUCAUAAAAGGCAAGGAUGAGCCGUCAUGGGCAGAAUCCUUCAAGUUCUUCAUCUUUGGAACAUGGUUCAAUAUCUUACUCGUAUUCAUACCUUUGAGCGUCAUAGCUCACAACUUGGACUGGGAUGCUGGUUUAAUUUUUUUGUUUAGUUUUAUGGCUAUUGUUCCCUUGGCUAAGUUGUUGGGCGAGGCUACAGAUCAAUUGUCUGUCAAAUUAGGGCAAACUAUGUCAGGUCUCCUUAAUGCAUCCUUUGGUAAUGCCGUAGAAAUCAUCGUUGGCAUUGCUGCCUUACUCAAUGGUCAGUUGCGAAUCGUUCAGACGUCCAUGCUUGGAUCGAUCUUAUCAAACAUACUGCUCGUCCUUGGUUGUUCGUUUCUCGCUGGUGGAUUAUAUCAUGAAGAAGGAAUUUUCAAUGGUACUGGAGCUCAGGCAUCUGCCUCCCUUAUGACUUUGUCGUGCAUCACGCUUGUUAUUCCUGCGGCCUAUGCAAGUACCACAGACGCUGGAGCGCAGAACAACUGCGAUGAUGCCUCUGAAUGUCCCACUGCGGGUCUACUCUUGAUUUCCAGGGGCACUGCCAUGUUGCUCCUGGGAGUUUACUGUGCCUACCUUUGCUUUCAGUUAAAAUCUCACCCCAAACUCUUUACGUCGCCUCCAAGUUCACCUACUGAUCAAUCAAACGGUGAGGAAACGGUAGCAACGACAGAAACGGAGGAAACAGUGCCUCGUAUGGGAACAGCCGCUGCUGGUGUUGCACUUUUAUCGGUAACUGUGGUCAUCGCAUUUUGCGCCGAGUAUCUGGUUUCCUCCAUCGAGGAAACUGCAGUACGCUAUUCUAUCCCGAAGACUUUCAUUGGUGUUGUCUUGUUGCCGAUCGUGGGCAAUGCUGCGGAACAUGUCACUUCAGUCUGGAUGGCAAUAAAGAAUAAAUACGAGCUCACCCUCACUAUUUGCAUCGGGAGUUCCAUUCAAAUUGCCUGUUUCGUCGUGCCGCUUCUCGUGAUCGUCGGUUGGAUAGUUGGUCAACCCCUGACAUUGCACUUCCACAACUUUGAGACAAUCGUCCUUUUUGUAUCUGUCUUCCUCGUCAACCUGUUAAUCAUGGACGGGAGAUCGAAUUAUAUGGAAGGUCUCAUGCUCCUUACCCUCUACUUGGUUAUCGCCAUCGCAUUUUGGGUGGCCUGAGAUAUCAUUUAUGAUUGUAAUUAUUGGUACCCGAUAUUUCCCGGCGUCUAUCCCUCAUGCACCCUUUCAAGUUCCUUUGAUGGCGGGCGGGAGGUCAAAGUAGCUAGCAACAAACUAAUUUCUGCGCCACCCAUUUCUUUAUAUACUACCUUAUUCCUUUAGGCAUGUGACACUGUAUGUGAAAGGGAAACAUCAUACAUGGAUUCAUAAUAAUCCGCAAAUGUGAACGUUUACUUUUCUAAGAUAAGGCUGUCUCCCUGAAGUUCUUCAAACUUCUUGCGCGCCAUGCAGAUAUUCAUCUUAAUGGCCGCCGUCUCUGUAUGUGUGAAUGUGGGUGAGCUGGAACCGACCAUUUAGUAGUAACAAACU